AUGAUAAUCGGUACGUCUCACGAUAUCGUUACAAGGCAUGCCAUUCGAGAAACCUGGGGCAAUGAGAGUAAUUACGAUGUUGAUGUGGUGAGGAUCUUUUUGGUUGGUUUUCCAAAAAUCGUUGUGAAUAGAACCCAAGGGUUGCUGGAGGAGGAAAGUGAAGUCUUCGGAGAUAUUGUCCAACAAGACUUCAUGGACACUUACUAUAACCUUACUUUAAAAACCUUAAUGGGCAUGGAAUGGGUUACUAAAUUCUGCCCCACAGCCAGCUACGUGGUGAAAAUUGAUAAUGACAUGUUCUUCAAUGCAGACUACCUAAUCCACCAGCUUCUUCGCCCAGAUCUUCCAGUCCGUACCAACUAUUUCACAGGUUACAUAGUGAGAAAUACAGGACCACUGAGGAAUGAGCUAUACAAAUGGUAUGUCCCUAAGGAAAUCUACCCCAAUAACACUUACCCACCCUAUUGUGCUGGACCUGGCUAUGUCUUUUCUGCAGACAUGGCAAAAAAAAUCUAUGCUAUAUCACAGGUGAUUCGAGUCAUACCCAUGGAAGACUCUUUUAUGGGAAUUUGCCUUUAUGAACUCAAGAUUUCUCCUACAGUUUCCCCUUCAGGUAUAUUCAAUGGUCACCGGAUAAAUUAUAAUCGUUGUCUCUUCAACAAUCUUGUUACGGUCCACCAUUAUGGAAGUAGAGAGCUGAGAAGAGAGUAUGGACAGAUUUUUGGACUAAAAGAUCAAGGUGCUUCUAAAAGUCAUAUAAAUAUUUUACAACACGGGGACAUACAAGCGCUGGACUUUACUGAACCCAACUGUUAG